AUGCCCCCGAUAAAAGAGUCUACUCCGGAAUACACCUCCUUUUCAGAGGAACGCCGCCAAGUGCUUGGGUUUCUUCUGACAUAUCUUGAACGCAGAAAUGUUCUCACUUCCGAGUAUUAUAAGAAGCUCGUAUCGCUGAACGGGCUUUUUGCAGAGGAUAUUAAUAUUCUUGUCCAAUCAAUAGCCAAAGCCAAACACAUAGCCAAAAAAUCGCACAAGUCGCUGCUUCGUUCGCCAUCAAUGCCCUCCGCUUCAGCAUCUUUGGAAUCCUCGCCAUCUUUUACUGAAGGGCCAUCCUUCUACGAGCUGCUUGGAAAGACUCUAAUGGACUUUAUAACUUCCCAUGACAAAUCUAUUGCUCAAUCAGCUACCCUUUCCGAAGGAAAGCUGAAGGAUCUAUUUCAAGGAUUGGCUAUAGAUCAGCAACCAGAGCUAGAAGCGAUUGAUGCGACAAUUGCUUCGUUGUCAAAUCAACAGAAUACCAUGUCCGCUAAACUGGCAAAGCUAAAGGGGGAGUACAUCUUGUCAUCACAAAUGGUUGAAACCUCGUUUGAAGAGUUGAAAAAACGCGCCUUAAUUCCGUUCCCUAACUCGACGACUAGCUUUUCGCUUACCAAGGCUUCAAACUAUGAAAAGGCUUUUUUGGACUAUUCAAAAAAAGUUGAAAGUGCUCGUAAACCUGCACGUGAAUUUUAUGAGGAAGUCUCCCGCAUUCGAGAUGCUUUUGAGGAGAUAGAAUCCAAAAAGCUUUUACUGAAAAAGGUUUAUCAUUCCAUACAAUUGACCUUUAGAAAAUCUGUAGCAUCGAAAUGA